AUGCCGCCAUAUAGGUUACAAACGACAUUAAUACGGACGAUCAGAAGGAUCAAAGCUAGCGAGGUCUCUUUCAACUACCGAACCCUCACCAAAAAGCGUCAAGCAGUUAGAAUGUCUUCAAGCGAACCAUACAUAGACGAAAUUAAGCGAAAGCUGUCAUCAAUCAGAGCACGCUUCUAUUUCAAAACUGGUGAGAUAGGGGUUUUGGGAUCACCCUCUAAUUUUCAUGAGACUUUAAAACGAAAGAUCUUACAAGCUAAAGAGCGGGUGUUUCUAGCAUCUCUCUACAUAGGUAAAGGACAAGAUGAUCUUAUUGAAUGCCUUAACAGAGCGUUAGAAGAAAAUCCCAAGUUGAGGAUAUACGUUUUAAUUGAUGGUCUCAGGGGGACACGAGAGGCCCCUUCCAAAUGCUCUGUCAGUUUAGUCUCGCAACUUCUCGACAAGCAUCAAGACAGGGUUGAUCUGCGUCUUUACCGAACACCUGCUUGCGUGGGAUGGAAAGGCUGGCUGCUACCAAGAAGAAUCAAUGAAGGCCUUGGUCUACAGCACAUGAAAAUAUAUGGCUUUGACGAAGAAGUAAUUCUGUCCGGUGCCAACCUCUCAUCAGACUACUUCACUAAUAGGCAGGAUAGGUAUUACGUGUUCCAUUCCAGAGCAUUCUCAGACUAUUAUUUUGAUCUGCAACAAUUGAUAAGUGGUCUAAGCUAUAAAGUCAAAAAGUCCAAUAACGCGCAGAAGUUCGGAUUAUUCUGGCCUAAAGAUAAUUUAGCGAUUGAGCCUGCCCUCAACAAAACACAAUUUGUAUUGGAAUCUUCGGCAGCUAUAUCCAAUUUCUUACUUGAUAAGCCUCAAUGCCCUGCGCCCUCAAACGUGGACAAAGAAGAAUAUCCGACGGUGGUUUAUUCCAUUUCUCAAUUUACACCUCUUUUCCCACAUGGAGAAGAUCUAUCUACCGAAAAGCCUACAAUAUUGAGUCUGAUUUCCUCUAUAAAAAAGCCGUCAAUAAGUUGGACAUUCACCGCUGGAUACUUUAAUGUGCUGCCGGAGAUAAAAAAGGGCCUCGUUUCAACACCAUCAAAGCAGGCAACAGUGAUAACGGCCUCUCCUUAUGCAAACGGAUUUUUUGAGUCUAAGGGCGCUUCAGGUCAUUUGCCAGCUGCUUAUCUCCAUCUCUCAAAGAAGUUCUUGAAGUCAGUAAAAAGGCAUGGUAAAGAAGCAAACAUAAUACUCAGAGAGUGGAAAAAUGGUAUUGUAAACAAGCCAGGUGGUUGGUCUUAUCACGCAAAAGGUUUGUGGAUCGCCGACUCCAGUAGCGGUGAUUCACGGCCAAUGAUAACCUGCAUAGGCUCUUCCAAUUACACGAGACGGGCGUACUCCCUAGACCUUGAAUCCAAUGCCGUUAUCCUGACUAGGGAUAAUCAACUGAGGGAUGAGAUGCAGCAGGAACUCAAUAACCUUUUGCAAAAUACAAAGAAAGUGAAUUUGGAGGACUUUCGAAACGAACCACACAGAAAAGUCAACAGUGGGGUGAAGUUAGCCACUUUUUUCCUUGGAAAGAGACUAUAG